GACACUAUGUUUUGUUUCAUAUUUUUAAAUUGUCUAGUGUUAAUUAGUGCACUAGAAUCUAGAAUUUUUAAUGGAGAAAUAUCGCGUAAAGGAGAACACGGGUACCUUGUCCAGCUCAACAUAAAUUCUAUAAUUAUGUGCAGCGGUUCCAUAAUCAGUGAAAGAUGGAUUCUUUCCUCUGCACAUUGCUUCUCCUUUCCUGUGAAUACGAUCAACGUCUUUCAGAAGGCUGGGACUGGAAUAAACAGACAAAUAGCAACAGUAAGCUCCAAUAGCGUUAAAAUACAUCCGGAUUAUGUUCACCAUAACCACGAUUUAACAAAUAGAGAAAAUGACAUAGCUCUGCUUAAAACUACGAAGGCGAUACGGUUUAAUGAUAAAGUUUAUGCAAUUAAGGUAGCUAAACGUUCACCGAGCAUUGGCCAAUCGGCUGUAAUAGCUGGAUAUGGAGACAAUGAAUCUAAGCAGCUGCUGGCUAAGAAUGGCAUAGUUCGCAUCACGCGGUGCCCUUUCAUAGUGAAGAGUUUGCUGUGCACGUUUGAUAAAGUGAGGGCAGGAGACGCGGACUCUGAGGGGAGCGCUCAGUUUGAACGGCAAACUUGUAGGAGUCAUUUCUGCGAGUUGUACUGAUGCUGAAAAACUGCACGUAGAAAACUGCACAACUGUAUAUGCAAAUGUUGCAGCUCAUUAUGAUUGGAUUCGG